GUAUUAUUUAAUGUAGGCGUUAUAUUGGCAAUCACAGUUAGAUUAGAAACCAUGCUAGGAACCACGAAAUUGGAUGUGACAUCACCAUGGUGUUCAAAAUAUGUGGAGUGAGGUGACAAGAACAAUUUGGUGUUCAACAACCCAUAUUUCGAGACACCAUAAAUCUAUUCCAUUCAAGAAGUAAUCCAUUAAUCUGUCGUUAGUCAAUAAAAUGACAGACAAGUGUAUCUUUAUACGCAAUAAAAUUUUACAGUGAAGUCGUAAAAUGGAGAAGAAAAUAUAUUUUCUUGGUAAAAGGUUGUUUAGGAUAUUAGUUAUAGUUCAAAUUGCUAUGUUGUCAUCAGCGACGAAUUUAACGACCACAACAGGCACUACAGAAUUAGCACAGGAGACGAAGUUGGAAGGAGACAAUGAGGUAGAUGUGGAACGUGAGGAGUACGCUUGGAGUGCGUGGAGCAGCUGGAGUGCAUGCUCCAGGAGCUGCGGAGGAGGUGUCUCCGUACAGCAUAGAGAAUGUUUACCCAGGGUCAGGAACAUUCCUCCGCUGGACAACAGCAGUAUACCUCCUCCUGUGAUCACGGUUAGAGUUACGCGGGAGACACAUGAGCGGAACUGCCAAGGAGUCGACAAACGAUACCAUGAGUGCAAUGAUAUUCCCUGUCCUGGUGCAACGAGGGGCAAUCGUGCGGCGCAGUGUGCAGCGUUCGAUAGGAGACCAUUCCGUGGCAGGUUUUAUACCUGGGUCCCGUACAUUGAUGGUAAUGCGCCAUGUACAUUGAACUGCAGACCUUUAGGACAGCACUUUUACGCAUCCUUAUCACUAGUAGCGGAUGGAACACCUUGUACCAGGCAAGGAUUUCGAGCCAUUUGUAUUCAAGGAACUUGUAAGGCGGUGGGUCGCGAAGGUGUUCUAUCUUCAGCUUCAUCUCGUGAGUUACGCUGUGGUCGGCGACUGGUAUCGGGCCUCUUUUCUCGACCACGCCUGCCCCUUGGAUAUUCUUAUGUGACUACAGUUCCUCGUGGAGCCUGCAGGCUCAAUGUGUCGGAAAUAAUGCCCAGCGAGAACUAUAUAGCUUUGAAGAUUUCCAACGGGUCGUACAUAAUGAAUGGCGAGUUCGCGGUGUCAGCGCCGGGCACGUACGAGGCGGCGGGCGCGCGGUUUGUGUACACGCGCCAGGGCUCGCUCGACAGCGUCGUCGCACACGGGCCCAUACACCACCCCAUCGACAUAAUGAUACUUUAUACUCAACCGAAUCCGAGUAUAAAGUAUGAGUAUUUCACGGAAUCACUUCCCAAUGAGAUUGAAAGUGAUAAAGUGACGAAGGCUGACUUCCCCGAAGUAUCGCCUACGGUUGCGACGAAGCAUUAUCGAAGGCAUCACAACUAUGAUGCGUUCCAGAGGACAAACGCUGUUGUCCCACGACAUCCAGACAUGAGUUUUAGUAAUGAAGAUGGGACUGAUGAAGUGGUAGCUGGUAAUAUGAAGUUUAUAUGGAAGAUACUCUCCUAUUCUCAAUGCACUAGAACGUGUGGAGGCGGAAUACAGUUGGGUAAGUUCCGAUGCGUGGAAGCUAACGGCAGUAACCGUGAGGUGGCAGCAGUGCACUGUUCGGGCGUAGCUCCUCCAGCUCGACGUCGAAGAUGUGCCAAUAUUCCUUGUCCACCACGUUGGAGGGCUGCAGCCUGGAGCCCUUGCCCCAAAUGUGGGCCUGCAACAAGGACUAGGAUUGUUGGAUGUGUCCAGGAUCAUUCAAGGGGUAUUACUAAGAUAAGCGACCAAAAAUGUCCACUGCCAAAGCCAACGACAUCGGAAAAGUGCGUUAUCCCUGAUUGUGAUAAAGGGAUUGGUGGAGAAGUGAGACAGAUCUUGUCGAAACGCGUGACGAAGCCAAGGGACCACACAGAUAACUUCAGAGAAGGUCCAGUGUAUACAGUAGCUGUUAAUAGCACGGACUUUGAUGUUGGGCCUGCAUACUCAUUUAGUCCUACGGCUGGGUGGCUCUACACUGACUGGUCAGAGUGUGUGGGCUGGUGCGUUGGCGGUGGCGUGCAGAGCAGAGGAGUUCGAUGCGCGGAUCCUUCAGGAUGCUCUUCUAAGAAGGCUCCAGAGACCUCUCGCAGUUGCAGUCCGAAGAUCGAAUGUGAACCACUCGAUGGACAAUGGUUUACUAGUGAAUGGUCUCCCUGUUCAGCUCCUUGUCGAGGCAAACAAGUUCGUGGUGUUCUGUGCAUCGGUGGUACUGGAAGACAUUUGAAGGACACAGCGUGUCACUUGGCAAAACCUGCGCACGAACGAGAUUGCUCCACCGAUUGUAAACCAACCUGGUUCUAUGGUGAUUGGGGACCGUGUAUUGGCAACUGCUCCAAUGGAUCCAGUUCAGGUGUCCAGCACCGUUCAGUCGUAUGCACUAAAAAUGGCAAUGUCUCUGUCAGUGAGACAGAGUGUAAGUCACCACGUCGAGCAACCCGUACAUGUAAACUUACAUGUCCAUCUUCUGCAUCUACGUCAUCUUCUUCGUCUACUUCAUCUACUUCGUCUACUCCAUCUACUACGUCCACUUCGUCUACUACUCAUCGAGUCUCAGUUGCUACGAGUACAGCUUCUAGAAAACAAUUACAACCAAUUGACUCUCAAAUAGUUUCAGACCACGAGGUACCUCAGAGGAAUGUUACUCAGAGGACCGCAUCUAAGGAUCGUGGGUCAAAAGGUAACUGCGCCGACAAAUUGAACAACUGCAUCUUAGCUGUGCAAGCGCGUCUCUGCCAUUACAAGUACUAUACACAUAAUUGCUGCAAAUCUUGCGGUGGCCGAUGAAAACACAAUAUUGAUAAAAGAUAAAAGCGCACUAUUAUUUAAAAUUAAAUCUUAAAACAAAUCUUCUAAGAGUACGAUUAGUUUAUAUGUAUGUUGUCAAAUUGUCAAUGAAGACUGGUUGGUAAAAGGAAUCGGCGUAAAAGGACCUUGUAUGAAAGGACCAAAUUUGGUACCGAAGGACCGCAUUAAAAUGAAUGUUUUUUGUAUAGUAAAUAUCGUGAAAUAUACAAAAUUUAUUGAAAAUAACGAUUUGCUUUCGUGAAUUAGCCGAGAAAAGCUGUACUAGUUGCAAGUUACACGGGACUCUUAUUCAUGAGUAUUGCGACGUCGCCUAGACGGGCAAUUUUAAUUUAAUUC